AUGACUGCAAAAUCAGAAAUAGAGAAGAAGAGUAACUCUUUGGAUCCUCGUUUUCGACCUCAUUAUCAGAAACGAUCCACAUCUCUUAUACAUCAUUAUUUCGAUAAUGAAGUUAUUGAUGAAACAGCUGAAAUGCCUGUUAUAGUACCCAAUAAACGUCAAAAAUCUGUUUCGGUCUGUUUGGCGAAUCUUCCAACAGCAUCUCAGCCACGCACUUUAUAUCAGUUUGAGCGUCAAAACCCAGCUAUUAGAAAUGCAUAUCCACAGACAUUAUCAGCUUACGAGUUGACAAAUGUAAGAAUCAGAGGCUUAUCGACAUCUGAAGUAUUCAAUGAGCCUCCAGGCAUGUAUGUCUAUCAUGAACGUCCAAUCACAUAUCCAUAUGUUAAAAGAAGAUCAAAAUGGUCAUUAGUAGAUGUAGUAAAACGUAAUAAGCAUCGUAUUUGUGCAUGGACAUUUGGUAUAAUAGCCAUAACUUUGGUCAUGACUAUCAUAAUUCUUCAAACAACAGGAAGCUUAGGAUAA